UCAUUCCAAAUACAUAACCCCUAAAACGACGAAAUAAACAUAACGUUGUUGUCAUAUAGGAACAUAACAACUGUAUGAACAAAUUUGUAAAUAAAUUUAUAUUAUCACUUACAAAAUGCCUGUGUCAGACUUGAAACGAAAGAGUGAUUCUUUAGUAGUUGCUUCAGAUACGAAAAAAUUGAGAAAUGAGCUAACCGUUCUGAGUGCAAGAGAAAAGGCUGUCGCUACAGCAUCCAAUGUAGUACGAACAUCAAAAUUGUUUGCGCCUAUAAUGCUCUUAGAGGGACAUCAAGGAGACGUUUUUAGUGCUGACUUUCACCCAGACGGUGAAUACUUAGCAUCUACGGGUUUUGAUAGGCAAAUAUAUAUUUGGUCCGUCUAUGGUGAAUGUGAGAAUAUAUCCAGUUUGAAAGGACAUUCAGGUGCUGUUAUGGAAUUACAUUUCUCUCCGGAUGGUGGGCAUAUUUAUACAUGCUCCACAGAUCACAUGCUGGGAAUUUGGGAUGUGCAGACUGGACAAAGAAUGAAGAAAAUGCGGGGUCAUACUGCUUUUGUAAAUUCUGUUCAAGGUGCCAGACGUGGGCCGAGGCUUUUAGUAUCUGGAGGUGAUGACUCUACAAUUCGUCUGUGGGAUGCAAGAAAGAGAAAUUGCAUAAAUAGUUACGAUGCCGGAUAUCAAGUGACUGCCGUUACAUUUAAUGACACUUCAGAACAAAUAAUAUCAGGUGGAAUAGAUAAUGAUAUCAAAAUAUGGGAUGUGCGCAAAAAUAAUCUUUUGAUGAAACUGAAAGGUCACACUGAUACUGUCACAGGUUUAUCGCUUUCCCCUGAUGGAUCUUAUAUACUUUCAAAUUCUAUGGACAAUACGCUGCGCAUUUGGGAUAUUCGAGCAUUUGUGACUGGUGACAGAUGUUUGAAAGUAUUUUCUGGUCAUCAUCAUAAUUAUGAAAAGAAUUUAUUAAGAUGUACUUGGUCACUUGAUGGGUCAAAGGUUUCAUGUGGUUCAGCAGAUAGAUUCUUAUACAUUUGGGACACAACAUCUAGGAGAAUUUUGUACAAACUACCUGGGCAUAAUGGCAGUGUAAAUGAUGUAAAAUUUCAUCCAAACGAGCCCAUCAUAUUAUCAGCUUCAAGUGACAAAACUUUAUAUUUGGGGGAGAUAGAAUAA